UUGGACUUUAACUUCUUAACCAGUUUAGCUCAAAUUAGAAACCAGUUUGCCUGUUUAACUGGAACUGGAGACCAGUUAACACUGAUCUGUUCUAAACUAAUCUUCCAGCUUCUCUCUCUGACAUCACAGAGGGCAAAGGUCGCAGAGAUCAGAAGAUGUGAUUAUAGAUGAUUGAUCUCCAGUCGAUCAGCUGUUUGAGUUUCAGGUUUCAGCUGGUUGAAGGCGAUGAAGGUUAACUAGAUCAGAUGAAAGGUCUUCCUCUGAAAAUAAACCGAUGAUGAUGAUGAUGGUGAGGAAGAAGAGGAGGAGGUUUUAUUCUUCAUCAUCACUUUCACAGAUCCACUUUUUGAUUCCCUGGUUUCUAAUGGGAAACUUUCGUCUGUUUCCAUCUCAGAGCCGAUUUCAGCCUCCUGUCGGGUUGUUGGUCAGUUGGGUCAUCAUAGUUAGGCCCAGUUAGUCCCAGUUAGGCCCAGUUAGUCCCAGUUAGUCCCAGUUAGGCCCAGUUAGGCCCAGUUAGGCCCAGUUAUCAAUCAGUGCAUCAAGUUGAACUUCAAGUUUCUCUCUAAGGAAACCCAGCAGUUUGAUUCGUCUUUCAGUUGCUGGUGCUCCUGGAACCCGGUUCCGAACGGUUUCAGAAUGUGUUGGCCUCUCUGGGUUCUGAUCGGGCCGGUUGGACAGAACCUGUCUGUCAUCUGAUCCGGUGAACCGUCGGAGGUGGAAACACCCAGAAAGUCAAACACAGCGAGUCGGACCUGAACACACCCGGUACCUCCUCAAUGUAAACAUGAGCUGUUAGAGGUCCGAUCAGGAUGUAGGAGGUUUUGACCCAUUACAGGUCCGAUCAGAACACUAAAGGUUCUGACAGAGCCGUCUUUGUGGGUUUGUCCUGAAAGGCGUCAUUCGGGUCGGACCCGAUUUGCAUGCUGCAGGAAACAGAAACAAACUCAUUUUCAUUUACGGCUGCAAGCUGGCGUCGGGCUGCAGCUCUUCUCUCAUAGGAACCAGAACCAUCAGAGUUCUGCCAGGCAGAACCCGACCCAAAUGCUACAAUUCACAGUCUCUCUCCAGAACCUCCUGAUUAUUUCCAACGUGGCCGACAUCUUUAACUAAUCUGCUGAAUGCGUCAGAACACAGGCUGGUGAGUCACUGUUAUCUAUCAAAAAAGGUCCAAAUGGUUCUGAUGGACCCGGCUGAGGCUUCUAUAUUUACUGCUCUACCUUCGGUUCACCCUUUGACCCAGGUUCUGGCUCGUUAAGCCAGAACGGUUCUGGAACGUGAUCUUUUCUGAAGCACAGUGGAUGUUUCGGGUUCUGGUGUCUGUGCAGAACCACGACGAGCAGAACCAUUCCAGUAGUAAUCUCUGGUUCCGCUGGAUCCGUCCUCACUGAACAGAACUUUCUGGUUCUGAUCGAGAAGCUCGGUGCUCAGCUGGUCUUCCUGGUUCCUGUUGGGUUAAUUCCAGGGUCGGAUCCGGGAAUCCUCCAUGGCGGCAGUGGGAGCGGAAGCGACCGGGUCGUGGUUCCUGACACCAGAACUCUUCCUGCUCCUCAUCCUCAUCGUCCUCCUCUCCAUCUUCCUCACUACUCUCUGCAGCGACUGCAACAGAAAUUCGUUUGAGCUCCAGGACUCAAAGACAGAGAAACCGCCGUCAGCUCUCAUCCGAGUGGUGAAGCUGGAGGAGGUGAAGGAGAACCCGAUGAUUGGAGAGAUCCAGAAGGACGAGAGAGAGUUUAGUCCUGGAGGAGAUCCAGCUGAACCGGUCAGUUCCUCCGAGGGCCAACAGGGGGAGCUGCAGAGCCGCCCAGACCUGAAAGGCUCCGCCCCUCGAACCUGCGACCACGUCAGAGAUGGGCGGGGCCACGGCAGCGAACCGCUGGGACCGACAGCCAAUCGGCUGUCAACGCAGCUUCAUUACGUCACUCAGUCCGACGAGAGGAACACGGUUUACGCUCGAGUCAGCAAGAAGCUCCGCUUGGCCAACUCACCUGUUCCCACACCUGGGGGGGCGGGGCCACCGCGGGGGGAGGAGCCUGAGGAUCAGCGCUCCCCUCCGCGGCCCGACCCGGAAACAUGGCGGGAGGACGGAGCAGAAUAACCCCAACACCAGGGGGCGCUGUGGCAGCCAGCUGCAGAGAGGAAGAGGAGGAUGAUGAUGACGCCUCAUCUGACUUCAAACCGUCUGUUACCAUGGAAACGCGGAUCUUUGGAAACCAUCCUGCAUGAAACUUUUGAGUUCUGAUUGGUCCGUUGUGUUCCGACCCAAACUGGUUCUGAUCAGCUGAUAUCUGCUGCUCGCUUCAUGUCCAUCCAGAAGGGGGCGCUGCAGGAACAGGAACUGAAAUAAAGUUUAAAAGAUUUUAAAGAUUUCUAAACACAGUGGUACAAAAACAGGAAGAUUGAUACGUGUUCAGUGUUUUGUUUUUGUCUUUUUAUUGGAUAAAUAUAGUUUUAGUUCCCUAAAACUGAAAAAGGUGAAGGUGAUGAAAUACAAAAUAUGAGAAAUAUAAUUAUUUGAAAGUUUUCUGCCUGUCUUUGUAUUCUUUCCAUGAAAACCAAUAAUAAUAUUCUCAAACAUUAGUGACGAUUUAGCAUCAACAUUACAAAUGAUAAAGUUAUUAAUUAUUAAAUGACUGAUUGUUUCUGGAAGCUCGAUUUUUAAGUUUCUGAUGAAAUAUUAUCGUUUUUCCUCCCAGUAAAUCAGGAACAGAAACAUGUUGAUGAAACAGGAACGACAGAAACAAUCAUUUAUAUUCAUCAUAAAGUUUCCAUAUUUCAUAGAGACAGAAUGAAAACCUGAGUGGAUUUCCGUGGAUGGCCCACAGGGGGCGCUGCACAGCAACACAUCACAUUCACUCUAUUUUCAAUCAAACAUAUCAGAAUAAAAUAGUUUGUUUCCUAAAUGUUUGAUUUUCCUGGAAGUCUGGAUCAAAGAUAAACUGGAAAAUGUUUGUAAACUUCAUCUUUCCCGUUUUCAUUCAUCUGAUUAGUUUUGUUACUAAUCUCUCAUCAAUAAAGAUAUUUCUCCUGAC